AAACUUACUCAGUUUGACAGCGUACUUUUCGAAGUAAACACUUGAUCCCAGUGCAAGUGGCUUUGAGUGUGGUGAACUUAUGACCGAAAAUGGCGUUUGAGGACCGCUCCAGCCCUAACACCACCGACGAGGCCACCCAGAUCAAAUCCCCCAACUCCCCCGAAUCCUCCCGGACCUCUCCCUACACCUGCACCACCAUAUCGCAGGACUCUCUCAAGAACGACUUCUUCCGCAUCACGUCUUUCGCUCUGUCUAGUCCUAGGGCAACCCCGUCACCGCCACUCCAGCCCGAACCCGUCAUCCAAACCCUCAAAUACUCCAUCAGGAACAUACUAAAACCAGAAUUCGGGAAAAGCGCCGUACUUAAGACACGCACGAGCCCCAAGAUUGGCUUCAAGCCCUAUGAAAUUAAAGAGGACCUGAAACCUUUCUCCACAGCUCCUUUGGGCAGCCUGUGCCAAGCCGUGUCGCAGAUCGGAACGAGUCCGGAGCCAGCGGCAAGGCCAAAGAGUCCUGUGAAGGGGCUGUUGCCCACUCCGGACGAAAUCAAGAAGGAUGAGGGGUCGGUGCCCACCUUGUGGCCCGCUUGGGUCUACUGCACGCGGUAUUCGGACCGGCCCAGUUCAGGGCCGCGUUCACGCCGGAUGAAAAAAACGACCAAACCCAACAGUGAAGACAAGAGGCCUAGAACGGCUUUCUCCAGUGCUCAACUGGCACGCCUCAAGCAUGAGUUUAAUGAAAAUCGAUAUUUAACUGAACGAAGGAGGCAGCAAUUAAGUGCUGAGUUGGGUUUAAAUGAAGCACAAAUCAAAAUUUGGUUUCAAAAUAAGCGAGCGAAAAUCAAGAAAUCCUCGGGUCAGAAAAAUCCAUUGGCGUUGCAGCUGAUGGCGCAGGGACUUUAUAAUCACUCGACAGUGGCGUGCGACGAGGAUGACUUGCCUCUGUCGUCUUAAUAUAUUUUUUAUAGUUUUAAGUCGAUCUCAUUGUAUUUAUUAUGUACAAAUCAUUUAUAUUAGUAUUGUUAUGUACAUAUUUGUAGAGCAUUAAUUUUUUUUAAGAAAGUCAUAUCUCAUACGUAGUUGCGUAAUUUAUAAGUCAUUAUUGCUUGAAAUUUUGCGUGAAAAUAACACGAGUAGUUACGUAGAUGUAGAUCGCUAUGUAUGAUAAAAGCCUUAAAAAUAGACUGAUUAAAUAUUUAGAUUAUAGCAAAUUGUGCAAUGUUCUCUUUCUUGUAAAUAUGAAAUAAAUAUUGUUCUUCCAUCA